AUGAAGCUCGCCGCAGCCAUCCUCCUUGCAGCAACCGCAAUCGCCGGUCCUGUCCAGUCCCCGCUGCAUGCCGAGGCUCACCGCGAGACGCGUGACGAAGCUGUCCUCAGCGCCGCUCACCUCGCCAAGGGCGUCACUACCGGUACUAUGGCGAGUGUGUUCCCAGAGUCCGCUGGUGUCAAUGCCGGUACGUUGGUGAGAGAACUCGGUGCCCAGUGCUCACCGGCCAGGUCACCCGUAUGCCCUGAUGGAGACGCACCAUGCCACCCCAACGGCUCCCUCACCUUCAUCUCCAUGCCCAUCUCCCUCAUGACGCGUAACAUCAAGGCCAACGACGGACGGGCGACCUACACUCUGCAGACCCCUCUCGAGAAGGGUGUGAGCGAGUACGGCAGACCCCGUGUCGCCUUCAUUGGCAACCUGACCGUGCUGAACGACAUUGACGUUGCUGAACGCGAGCGCCUGGCCACCUGUUACACCAAGUACCACCCGGACGCGCGCUGGUGGCUCCCCGACGACCCCCGUGGAGCACACACUGCCCACUGGGCGAGGCUGGAUAUCAACGAUAUCUACUACAUUGGCGGGUUUGGAACGACCGGAUACAUCGGCCACCUUCCUCUUGACAAGUACGCACAGGCUAUGGAGGCUUAA